UGGGUAGUCUCAUCCAGUUUAUGUUGGUUCGACCUAAACCAAAUUAGAUUGAUUUCAUCCCUUUGUGGACCAGCUACCUUCUCUAAUGCCUGUAAUGGUUAUUUUGAUCCAAGUACUUAUAUUUGAAGAAGAAUUAUGGUUAGACCCUAGUGAAUGUCUCUGAAGAAUGAUGUGGGUAGUCUCGUCCAGUUUAUGUUGUUUCGACCUAAACCAAAUUAGAUUGAUUUCAUCCCUUUGUGGACCAGCUACCUUCUCUAAUGCCUGUGAUGGUUGGUUUUCAAAGUUAUUAUUGUUCUGCUGGUCAUUUUGGAUCUUUUGAGCAGGUUUGAAGAAAAUAUUGUUCAAUCUACUUCAUCCUUUUUAUGUUAUAGUUUUGUCCAGCUCUUCUUCCAUAAUGGAAAAGUUAACGUAGUUAUUUAGAGUAUUUAACUACACUACCAUAUAUCCUGCUUUCAUAUGUUCAAGUGUGAUCUUGCAUUAUGAAUUAUGUCUUAGCUAAUUUGCUGUGCUUAAUGUGAUAUAAUCAAUUCUGCUACACCUAUGUGCUUUCAACGAACUAUCAACAAGGAAUACCCUCUAGAAGAGAGGCUUAUAAUUGUGGACAUGUUCUAUCAUCAACACCAUUCUCGAGAAGCAGGCGCUGCUGCCAUGUUCUGAAGAAACUACAUCAGCUAACCAGUUACUACAUCUUAAGAAGUUUGAGCAGAGCAUUGAUUUGCCGGAAAAUCAUUUUGUUGAGUCCAAGUCGUACUGAUGAAGUCGGACUCGGGAAUAGUUAAACAACACACUUCUUUUUUUUGACGUUAAGGCCCUGUACUCAACAAUUUCUUUGACGCAGGAAUAUCUCUGAGCAUCCAUGCUCUCUUCCUGGUUGGACUGGGCACCACCUUUCCUCCCUGAGCCCACCUCAUCUUCCUGUGUAUUUCCAGGAGCUGAUCCAAUCCACAGUACACUAUGGCACCUGUCCACCUGGAAACAUACCCCCUCACGUUUCCAUUGCAUUUAAUAUUCCACGAACCUUGCCCACUUUCCCUAUCCGAUCAUGUUUUCCAUGCCGAUCUCGCGGCCAGGCUGGAGAAUAGAUGGAGAUGGCACAAUCUGUUUAAUGGCCUACCGCAUGAGAGAUCUUUUGGAUUAUUAUACUCUGACAUCACUUAAUUCUUCAGUUGAGAGUUUCUCAAUAAUUCACGGGGGCUGCCAGAAUCCGCUGUUGCCUAUCCACUUUCCCUCCUAUGUUUAAGGAUUUUAUUCACUAUGAUUAUUCCUUUAGUGAUAGGAUUCUGCCUUCUGCAUUUGAAUGUGCAGGAUUUGCAUUUGUGUAUAUGGAUGAUGAACGCGAUGCUGAGGAUGCUAUUCGAGGACUUGAUAGAAUGGAAUUUGGCAGGCAAGGGCGCCGUCUUCGCGUUGAAUGGACAAAGCAUGAACGCGGUGGUCGACGGUCUGGCAGUUCAAGAAGAUCUCCAGCUAACACGAAGCCGACAAAAACUUUGUUCGUGAUUAAUUUUGACCCAGUCCAUACCAGGAUGAGAGACUUGGAGAGACACUUUGAGCCGUAUGGAAAGAUUUUGAAUAUCAGAAUUAGACGAAAUUUUGCCUUCGUUCAAUUUGAGUCACAGGAAGACGCCACCAAAGCAUUAGAUGGUACCAACAUGAGCAAAUUGAUGGAUCGGGUCAUUUCAGUGGAGUACGCACUCCGCGAUGACGACGAAAAAAGAGAUGGGUACAGUCCUGAUAGGAGAGGCCGAGGUAGAUCUCCAGAUAGGAGUCGUGACCGUGGGCGAUCUCCUAGUCCUUAUGGUAGAGGCCGGGAGAGGGGUAGCCCUGACUAUGGUCGCGGUUCCAGCCCAUACAGCAAGCCAGAGCGAAGGGAUAGCCCUAAUUAUGGAAGAGAAGGAAGUCCUGCAUAUGAUAGGUAUCGCAGCCGCUCUCCCUACGGACCGGACCGGUCGUAAUGGGUUCCUACUUUAUGCAGUACAUGCAUGUGGUGCAGGUUGCUUAGUCUGCUUUGGCAUGGGCAUUACUCCAACCUUCCUAGUUUUGUGCUGCUAUGCACAAGUUAAACAUUAGACCUGGAACUGUCUAUGCAUUUUUCAUAGCUUUUAGCUGGCUGACUUAUGGGGUUUGAUUUUGUAUUACUGUUGCAUCAGUUUACUUGUAAAAGAUUUUAGGGUGGUUUAGCCAAAUGUUAGUCUGAACAUUUAAGGGUUCUGUUUUCUUCUUCGCUUUGGGGGAAGAAUGUUUCUCUAUGUUGAGACCUGAUUUACUUUACAGCAAUGCUUGUUAUGGGGCUUGAAUUUUUAUUUGUAA